GAGGGACAGUCGCAGCAAAGUCACUGGCUGGAUACAUUCACACAGGAGGAAAACCCUGUUUCUUGUAAAGAUUAUUUCACGCUUUUCACAGAAUGUUCUCCAAAACACCGGAUUGCCUUUGACAUUUUUUCAUUUUGCUCUUUUGUCCAACUUCAGCUCAUUUUAAGUCCAGUCAGUGCUGAGAACAUUGAGCACAAAGUUGGAGUAAGAACUCCAUGUCGCUGAGGAUAUUCCUAAAUGCAAGUGUAAAAUCUGCAAUUUGACAGCUGUACCUUGGAGCGCAUACCAGGAAAAGAAGGAGAGCAGAACAGGUUACAGAGGGAGGCGCCUUGUAUCCAUCUGUGAAUAACUUGGGGGAUUUUCUGCCUUUGUAAAUUAAGGCAAAACCUGGACCACUUUGAACAGCACAAAGACGGGAACGAGUUUGGAAGAUAGGCAACAUGUUUCAGUAGAAGUGGUCUGCCUGUGGAUUUUAUGUCGACAGGCGAUGACAACCUGUCAGAUGACAACGGGAGGACAGAAAGGUACCGGCAGCUGUGAAGUGCACUCGGACCGCAGGAGGACACGAGCAAUGCACGAUGGGAAGCAAUGGCAUCAUGAGGAGAAGAAAAUCAUGGCAGAAAGGAUAUAUGUGACGCAAAAGAACCAACGAGGCUGGAAGGUGAUGUUAUGGAUCCUUGCUUCUCUGUUGUCAAUAGUGGUGGGUGUUUCACCUCAGGAGAGCUGGAGUCCGGAACCAGCCACUGAGACAGAAGGCCUCCUGGAGAAACUGGAAAGUGAAGCAGAGGGCUUCUCAGAGGUGUUUCCUCUGAGCUUUCAGAAGCAAGAUGAGCCACCACAGGAGACUGAGGUGGAAGUGAUCGACAACAUUGAACAUUCAGUCCACUCCAAUUGGGGCACACUGUUCGUGGACCCUUCGCUGUCAGAAUUCCCUGAUGACCACCAAAAUCGGUGGGAGCGCUCUCCUUCAGACUCUUUGCGCCACAAGGCAUCCAGGAAAAGCAGAAAGAAGCCAAAGCCUUCUCCUUCCCCUCGAGGGGACAGCCGUGGCUGCAAAGUACGGACCCUCCGUGUACGGGUCCGAGACCUGGGACUUGGCUAUGACUCGGACGAGAUUGUCCUCUUUAAGUACUGUGCAGGAUCCUGCCAGCGAGCACGUACUAACCAUGACUUGACACUCAGCAAACUACUACAGCAGAAGGUUAUCCACUCGGGCCGUGGUGAAGAGAAAAUCAGCGCUCAUCCUUGCUGUCGGCCCACCCGGUAUGAACCUGUCUCCUUCAUGGAUGUGCAGAACACAUGGCAAACAGUGGAAAAGCUGUCAGCUGCUGAGUGUAGCUGUGUGGGCUGAAGGGGCCUGUGCAUCCUCCAAGAAUAAAUGAAAAAAAGGAAAGGAAGCAGGCUUUUGAGGAGUUCUUGAGCCAGGGGGUUGUGGUAGAGGAUAAGGUGAGUUUGGAAUGCAGGAAAUGAGUUCCUCCAGCAAAGAAUCACAAGGGUGUCAAAAAGAAGAAGGCCAUUCCUUGCUGUCUAUGGAACGGACAAUGGCACACAGUGCAUCCAUACUGAAGACCUCUGACUGCCCUGACCAUUGACAACAAUGGAGAAAAAAGAAUGAAUGUAAAUGGUUCACUGCCACUGGAUUCCCAGGACUAUUAAACAAGGGAUGGAUGCAGUUACAUUGAGGACCCUUGUUAGGUGCACAGCCAGAUUAUCUGUAUUAUAAAGGCUUGUUUCCUGUAACUGCCUAUGGGUGGCUGUAAGCAUCUGCAACAACUCAUCCUGAAUUUACUCCCCCAACAGGGGUAAAAAAAAGGAAUGCUAAAUUGAAACUGAAGCUGAUUACUGCCAAAUCAACUAUAAUAUUAUCCAUAAAGCAUCCCAAAAAGAGCAGCUAAUGUAUCCAAAUAUGACAACUUUAAACAAGGAUGCCUUCUUGGGGAUUAAUACAACUUGAACACUCUUUGGUAGUGUUUGUGGAUGCCCAGAUGUGUUAGGAUAAAAAAGAGUUAGUUUUGUAUUUGUGUUUCAUCAGAUGGUACUUUUAUUAAAAAAAAAAUAUAUGAUUAAGGAUCA